AUGUUUGAAAUCAGAUCUCUGAGGACUUUACAACGAUCAUCUAGAGUAUAUAUAAGAUGCAUUCAUAAUGAUACGUUAAGGAAUUUUAUCGAUCAAAACAGACUAAUUUCUAAAUCUACAGUUUUUCAAGGUAAUCUAUAUGAAUUUACCGUUCUACGAGAAUUAGAUGAAAAAUUAGGAAUGAUAAACUUGUCAAAAGUGGGUGGUGCACAUGAUGGGGGUAGAGACAUUAAAGGUAUGUGGCCCAUCUUCCAACUAUAUGAAGAAAAGAUUUCAAAUGGAAACGCAACUUCGAAUCUGGAAAAUAUACCGAAACGCACUAGAGUUAAUGGAUCCCUCUUAAAGCCCUUAAUUCAUAAAUAUAAUGAGCAUGCUACUGACACAAUCCUGCCAGCUUUAAAAGUUCUUAUACAAUGUAAGGCAUUAUCUACUACGAAAGUGUCACCGAAGGAACUAAGAGAAUUGAUUGGAACUUUCUCGUCAAUGGUUGAUUCCAAGCAUAAGAAUACGACAAUUGCAAUGAUGUGUUCUCCUCACCUCUUAACAAAAGAUGGUCUUACUUUGAUUAAUAAUAUCAAGAUGCCGUUGAUCUACACGAGGAUUGAGAUGCUAAGACCUAUUGGGGAUAACAUAUAUGAUAUUGAGAAUUCCGGGAAACUCAUCAAUUAUUAUGAAAAUGAAUAUGCUGAACAACUUCUGCAAGGAUUUGGGAUAAAGAACUGGAUUAAUGAGUAA